AGCAACCCGCGGGCUGAUCACAGGAUAUAUUUUAGGUGCCUCCCGAAAAGUACGUCAAUUCUUUUGCAAUUGACCUUGAACUUUGGUCUGUAUAUUCACAUUUUCUGCACCGUUCGCAAAGAUAGAAUGGAGGAGAAUAAUAUAGCACCGGGUACGAGCUGGUUCCAGCAGUACACAGACUUCAUGCAUGAUGAUACGAAAGGAGUGGAAAUUGUAAGCUACACUGUGUCAGGCAUACUAUUCAUAGCGGCUUAUAAGAAAAUCCGUCCAUUCACUCGUUUUGGACAAGCAUCCGAUAUACCGAAGCAUUUUAUCCGGGAGCAAAUACCACAAUACGGGAAAGUAACCAAGAUCGAACCUUCCCUUCAACAUGGUCCAUUGCUUGUUGUGCGACAUAAACCACCAGCAAACAUUUUCUUUUGGUCGAAAAAAGCAAUUCCGAUCAAGGUAAAUGGCAUCGACAUCAAUGCCAACGGGUAUUCUUGGCUCCAAUCGGUUGUAGCUGGAAAAGAUAUAUGUUUCGUACCGAUGCUGACAUCGUCCAACCAUGCACACGCUGAAUGUCGUGUAUUUCUUAACGAGUCGAAGAAGAAUAUCAACGUAGGUGAAGCACUACUGAGUCUUGGCUUUGCAAAACUAACGGUGGCAGUACCAGCACCAUUAAAAAAUCGAAAAGACGUCCAUGGAGUCCAUCUGUACCAGUACUACCGCUGUUUGGCUCAAGCGGAACGUUUCGCGAAGGAUCGUCGUAAUGGAUUGUGGCAACAAGCGCUACCACCUCGCAUGUGGCCUCUUCCGUUAUGGACCCAGAUGUGGGAUAGGCUGCUAAACGCAAACCGUUUACCAGCCCUGGUGCGAUAACGCAAACAGCAAAAACUAGAUUUAAAUUAAAAUCUGGAGAAAAAUACGAAACACAAAGUGUCAGGGUUUUGUAAACGAGUUUUACAGAUAUUACUGAUAGUGCCUUUUUGCGUACUUAUAAUAUAUAUUCUUUAAUCGAAGAAACUUAAAAUUGUCUACAAAUUUUAUAUCGGUUCUUUCAAAUGAGUUUUUUCUCUGGAAACUUUCAAUGAACUAUUAUAAAC